UAUGUUAUGAUGGUGCCGACAUUCCUGCAUGUGGUUUGGGCAUCUCAACUUACUUGUUCACUAUCCACAGUACUGUCUCUGAGUGAAUAAAAAAAGGAAAGGAUUGUGCUUGGCAGCUAUUGUCCAGAGUUAUGAGUAAGUUACAUAUCUUAUCAGAAGUCUUGUGUGCAGACUUAAUUAACAUAAUUUGAAUCACCCCAUGUUCCUAUUAGAUUUAAAUUACUUAUUUGCACCCUGAUUCAAGUGCAUGCACCAUUCUUUACAAAGAGUCUUUUGCAACUUGAUUCUUUUUUACUUAUCUCUGCUAAAAAAGAUUGACACCCUUUGACUUGGUGGCCUUUAAACAGAAAAAUAACAUGUGAGGAGUUGAGGUAUCUAUUUUAAUGUAAAUAUUAAAUGGAACUUCAUGACUAAUUGUAGUACCGAAAGUAGAACUGAAAGAAAGUAUGUAUUCAUUAUACCUAACUAGUACAUACGGGGACGCACCGGCCCGGUCCAGGAAGGAGCUGCCGUCUGCACGGUGGCGACAGGAGCGAAGGUACAGGAGCAAGCUGGGGGACUGCAACAAGAACACGGACAGCGGCCGGUGCAAGGGGCUGUCCACGCCUCUGGACAUGUCGACGAGGGCGCGAUGUCUCGGCCCGCCGCCAUCGUAUGCAGAGUCGGUGCUGGCCCCGAGCUACCGGCCCUCCGUCAUUGCCUGCGUUCCCUCCGGCGAGGACCGCCAGACCAUCUACUCCCGCCGGGACAUGCAGUCAGGCAUGUGUGACCCUGUCAUUGACGAACAUUUCCGCCGCUCUCUGGGCAAGGAUUAUGUCGGCAUCUUCUCCAACGAGCUAUCACCGGCAGACCACGACAACAAUAAUCAAGAUAGCGUGGCUCUCAUAGGACUCUCAGUGGAUGACCACUUUGCGAAGGCGCUAGGCGACACGUGGCGGCAGCUGCAGAGCAAGGAGGGGGACGAAGAGGCGAGGACCUCGGCCCCCGGGGGGGCCACCGCGGCAAACCCCGCCCCCCCGGCGCCCCUGCGCACCCAGCGGGCGGGCGUGCUCUCCACGUAGAUCGCCCGCCCUCUCUCUCUCUGUCUCUGUCGUACCUGCUUGCAUGGCUGCGGACCCCAUCCCUCUGCCUCCCCGUAGCGUCCAGUAGACUGUUGCUGCCCGAGGCUCGGUGGCGUGUGGCCCGUCCCCUUGGAGGAACUGUCGAGAUUGUUAAGCUCUGCCCCUUCUGCCGCUCAUGGUCAUCACUGCUGUGUGACUACGCGUGGAAACACUGCUUGCCAGCUGGAAACUGAAAAUUGUUAAUUAAAUCAUGAAAAUGUUUUUUGCAGUAUUUUAGCGACAUGGAACACCUCCACUUUUUUUUUUUCUGGUCCUAGUUUACAGAUUUGCUCCUUAAUUCUGAUCUCUUUGCCAUUUGUUUCUUGGUUGCUGUGCACACUUAAAUCGUGGUGCUCUUGUGGAUGUGAGGUAGGUCCCGUCCUUUGGAGGCUUCGUGGCUAAGUUGUGUGGCCUGAACAGUGGCUGUCCCAAAGAUUGUUUAGCUUACUUUGCAUCUUUCUCACUUUUUAGGGAUGUAAUUUUCAUGAAGUAAUAAAGUCAAUAGCUCACUUUUUUUUACCAAAUUUGUUGAUGAAUACACAUUUUUUUUUUUAACAUUCAAGCACUUUGGUUGGAGCCACCAAUAAGAAGCUUCAAGCUGUGCAUUUUGGAAGUGGUAUGUUCUUAUAUUAUAUUACAAUAUUGUUUUAUUUUUAGGGUGUGCGAAUAGUAGAUUUUGCUGGUCGAAUAUUUUCAAAUCAAAUAUUAAAGUUUUUGAAUUGAAUGUGAAUCAUUUUGAAGUCGAACGUAUAUGGCAAAUUUUGCAUCAUACAUACCUUACUGGUACUCAGUAGUAACAAAAUUGUGAUUGGAUUUAGUUCAUGUUAAUUUUAAAUUGAAAUAAAUUAAAUAUUAACAUUUCAGUUAAGUUUUAGUUUCAAAAACAUGUUUAAAAAAUUGUGUAAUAUAAUUACAGGUUACUUGUGAGUUUUCAGAACAUUGUUGCAUGUUUUACAUUCUGCCAUUUGCUUGUUGCUAGUAAAAGAAGUAUCAGAUUCCACUAUUAUUUUUUUUAUGUUUGUAUUUGGAUUGUAAUGUAUUAAACAAUGAUACCCAUUUAUAUCAGUAAACCACGAUUAACUUUAUGUGAGAAAUAUAAAUCUGUUUUUACAUUUUUAAUGAAUGUCCAAGGUAAGGCCUAUCCAGUGCCCAAAGACAACGGCUGACUAUACAAAUAAUGUAUGUACUGUGGCGGUUUUUCAUAGAAUUUUUUUUCUGUGAUCCCCGAAAAUACUGAAAUAAACCUGUUCAGUGUUUUAUGUGGUUGCAAAUCACUCCCAAAUUUUCAUCAUUAAGACCACAAAGACAACAUGAAAGAUAGAAGAAUAUUGUUGUUGUUCCGUUUGGUUAAAGUUGAAACAGCAGUUAAACUCAGUGAUUAGCUGGGAUAAUCAAAACAAUUACAGAUAAGGUUAUAAUUGAAUAAAAUGUUUGGAAUAUUUAUUUUAACGUUUUACAAAUGAUAGCAAAUGUCCAUAAAAAUUAUGGUACAUGUUCGUAUUCCUGUUUCAUUUGGAAAUGGUGUUGUGUUUAUUUUAUACCAUCGACCUACUGUUUGUGUUGAUGUAAUGAAGACAGAUGUUCACAAUUAAACUUUUUUAUGUUCCGCCUGCAAAUGUGAAUAGUUUAUUAAUUGCCAUUUGCAACUAUUCGUCUGUACAAAUAUUCACACACCCCUAAUUAUUUUAACUUACAACAAAUCUGUCUAUUUUGUCUUAGCAAAUAUAUUUUAUAGGCUAGUGAUAAUAAGUAGCAAACGUUUCCAUGACAUUUUCUUAUUGACAAUGCUUUUUAUACAUCUAAAACACUGCAAAUAAUGUACUAAAAUACUAAAUUAAAAAGUAAGUAAUAUAAACAUUUUGUUUUAUUUUGGCCUAAAGUUAUUAUUUGCUAUGUUUUGAAUCUGUGAAAAAUUAACGUUCACUCUAGCCUAAUGGACACAUAUGUAUACUUAAGUACGAGCCACAACUAAGGUUUUUAUAUUGAUGAAUGAAGUACAAGUAUUUCCUUUGGAAAUCAGUAGACUCAAGAGAACUGUUUGCCUCAUCUAGGCCUUUGCUUGUAUUCAAAAUUCCGAACAUGUAUCAUAUAAUUUAUUAUUUGUAUACUAUUUGAUUAGAUGUCAAAUACACUUUGAAAUAAAUAAUUGUUUGUGUAAUCAGUAUUGUGAAGCUGUUUCAUAUCACCUCAUGUAAAGAUCAAAACAAGGGUAAAAGUAAUUUCAUUGUUUUACCAUAUAAAUGGUAAAUCCCACUUUGAGUAUAUUAUUAGGUUUUAUAUGACUAACAGCAUCUAUUUCAACAUGAGCAUAGUGAAUGGCAGAACUUCUAAAGUUCAGACUGGGUGAAAAUCUUUAAUUAGGGAUUUUUUGGUUAUAUUGAAAAAUAAGCAAGCAAACAAUAAGCAGUUUUCAACAUUUGAAAAGAAAAAAAAAUCCUUAAAAAUUUGAAAGCAUUAAUCUUUUAUACUUGUGUUUUUUAUAACCAUUAAUUAAUUACCUUGUAUAGGUACAGUUAAAUAUGACUUGAAAACUAACAUUAAAACUUUUCCCACCUUGUUUGAAUUUGAUUUUUAUAUUUUGAGAAUAUUUUUAUAUUUGUAUUCAAACUUAAGUUUGAACUUAAAAAGCUGAUAUUCGCACAGGUGUGCUGAGUCAAGCUUGUGGCAGCUGUGUGUUCAUGAGUAGAGCAGUAGGGUAUGAGUCGUAAUAGUAAGCCAGUAGUUGUGUUGUUGUAAUAUGAAUGUUACUGGUUGCUGAAGAAGAAAGGCUUCUACUUCUGGUGUACCUCGCUAGAAGGUAACGGCUGUACUGUAUGUGUGCUCACCGUUGCCCGGUGGCAGUUGUAUCUUUUGUUGUUCCUGCCUGUUCUGAAUGUUCCGAAGGUAUGUGUUCUGAAGGUUUAAACUUGGCAUGGUGUAGACGUAGCGAGUGUAUCAUGCGAAUAUUUCUAUAGCAUGUAUCAUCCUUAGAUUGCAGUGUGUAAUCUAAUUGGCAUUUAUUCUCUCUUUCUAAUGCACAAUAGCUGCUGUUACGACUGUUUCAGUGUUCUUUGUUGCCAGAUAUACCCAAAGAGCAAAAACGUUUUAAGUACAAUUUAGUAAUAUAAUAAACAAAUUAUACAAAUUUACAAAAGAAAACUUUUUUAAGAGGAAAAAUUUGGAAUAAGAAUUUUGGUAAUACAUUUUUUUUGUUGUCAUAUUUCAUAAAGAGAAUCAUUAGAUAGUAUUCAAUUUGUACUUUCAAGAGAAGGAUGCCAUCUUGGUUUCAUCCUUUUUUAAAAAUUUUUGCUUGGUUUUAAGAGUGAAUGACAGCUGCAAAUAGUUUCUCCUGUGAAAUAAUGAUUGUUGCUUAAAAGUUAUAUUUUUCUUUUCAGAAUGUAUGUAUAUGAUUGUAAUAAUACUGUCAAAAGACGGUAUUUUAUGUUCUUAAUAAAAUCGACAUAUAGUAAAAUUGAAAGAAAAAAAAAGUUAAAACUUUAUAUAAUUACUGACUAUAUUCAAAAUGAGUAUAUUAACAUUAACAAACUGGGUAGCAUUAAUCUCCCAAGAGUGGGCUCUGUACUGCAAUCUAAGCAUGAGACAGACUAUACAGUACGUCAUAAAUAUUCUACAGUGUGUCAGCUGUGUCAGUGCCCACUGAAUCAACACGUGCUUCUAGGACUGCCAAGUUUACACGGUUCAGCUGUGUGUAGUGUUUCAUUUUUCCGACAGGAACGAGGAUUAGGAGACUAGAGUUGGUAGAUCACUGUCCAGUGGCUGUGACUAAGUUUGGUUGUUAGGGUAGUGAUUACCUUGAUCAUUUGUUUGUCUUCAUGUUCCUCGGUAAUUGAUGAAAGUAAUUGUCGCACAACCUUGCAUCUAUGUGAGAAUAUUAUGUAUAGCACUGAUAAUCUUUAUUGAGCUAUUUAACGAGCUAAAGAAGCGUCUUUGCUUAUUGCAAUUAUUAGUAAGCUCAUUCUUAAAAAAAGUUUUUUUUUUUUCUCUCCAAGAUUUCCACAUGAUAUGUCUCUAUCAGCGACACUUAAGUGGAAGCUGUAGUCAAGUGAAAGUGUUGGUUCUGAAAAUUUGUCAUUAUACCGCUCUUGUGUUUGUGAUUCUGUCACAAAUAUUUUCAGUGGAUAUGUACGUACAUAGUGUAAUAUAAUGGUACAUCAUGUAAUCUUGUUUGGAAAGUCUUGUGUCAACUGGAUUUGCUAAUUUAUGAUGAACUUAUAACCAUUUGUAGUAAAUUGAAAUUUUCUUGUACCAGAAGGUGGGUGUGAACCAUGACCUAAUUUUGUUUUUGUUACCAAUAUUAAUACUUCAUAUUUUAAUUCUUACAGAAAAAAGUUUUGGCUCUAAUUUUGACUGUAGAAUAAUUAAUUACAUAGUGAUAGUUCUGUGUUCAUAAAAUAAAGCUGUGACAGCAAAAACAUAAAAUAUCAAUUUAGCUCUGACAUCUAACAAGUUGGUUUUUUAACAUCUGUAAGUUUGCUGGACCAGUUUUGCGCUAAAUUUGUGCACACAUUUGAUUAUGUUAGGGAAUAAAAUAAAAUUUGAAUUAGUUGUUUAGUGUGAUGGAUUUUCAUGCUUGAUUCAGUGGAAUUUCUUACUCUGUAUCUCAAAGUCCUGUUGCUUUUAUUUACUUUAAAUUUUCAUUACUGUAAAUAGUUAUGUUGUUUCUGCAAUAUUAUAGACAUGCAGGUUUGUGUAAGUUUAGAGGGAUGUAGCUGUAAUUUUUUACCUUUAAUAAUAUUUUUUUUGUGUAAUUCUUAUUUUAUCACCAUUAAUAUUUUUUUUUGCACACAAGUUUUAUUCUCUCACCUAUUUUAUUAUUUGCUUCAGUGGAUUUGAGGCAGUUUUGUCUCAGGAAACAACUAUGCACAUCUCGUAAUCUUAUUUUUGUCGUGAUGCAACAACAUAAACUGUGCCAAGUAAAAUUGCAUUAAAAAUUUUUUGUUAUGAAGUUUUCUUCGGAGUUGUUACAGUAAAGUGGAGCCUCAGAGUUUAGCUCGGUCUCACAUGCCAUAUUGAUUUUUUUUUUCAUUAUAACUUUUUUUAAGGGCUUUAUUUAAAAUUGUAACUCAAUACCUCCCUUGCAUUUGUUGUUUUGCCACAAAGAUAUCCACUUAGUGUAAUAUCAUAGUUAUAAAAAGUUUUGCAAGUUAUGAUAAUUACGAAGACUUUCUUUACACCCUAUUAACUAUUAUAGUAGAAAACAAUGUUAAAUACACUGUUUAUUUCCCAGUAGUAAAAAAAUAAAGUUAUUUGCAUCUUAAUUUGCAAAUUGAAUCAUAAAAUGAAUAUUCAUGACAAGUUGGACAAAAUAAAUAUUUAAAGAAAGAAGAAUUCAUUAAUAUAAGUUAUCUCAUCAAAUGGCUGUUGUUUUUAUUAUCUAAGCAAAAAUGUCUCUGUGAUUUAAAUUGUAUUUUGUAUGUUCGGCAAGUUGAAUUGAGGAAUGAACUGACAUAAUAAAUAAGUAAAUUAACUAUUAAAAUACUGCAUUAAUUUUCCUUGGUUCUCUUGAGUGUGUAGCAAAGCUUGUGCACGCCCUCUGUCCGUCAGGGAAAGGGUACUUUUGAAGCUCUAUGAUUAUUUAUCAUGCUUUCCAGAGUAAAAUACUGGAAAUAAGAGCUGAAAAAGAGGCAGUGUAACUUAUAAUAUACUAGGGUGCUUAUUUUCAGCUUUAAAUAGAUAUUACUUCAAAUUGAUAUUGCUUUAAAAGAACGGGAAUUUAAUAAUAUAUUAAUUUUUUCUGUCAUGAUUUACACUUGCUGAAUAUUGGCGGAUUAAAGACAACAUGGCUUGGUGACAGUGACAGGCAUGCUUGCUGCAAAUAAUCCUAUUUAAUUUUUAGAAUUUUGAUGACAUACACAUGUAUUUGAUAUGCAAUGAUCGAACAACAUUGAAAUGCUUUUUGUCAAGUCUCCCAUCAUGAUAGUAGCUAAAUAAAGUGUUCAAAAGACUUUUUUUUUUUUUUUAAUAAUAAUAAUAAUAUGGUGGUAGCUGCUACUUUGCAGCCCAAUAUAAAAUUCCAUAGUUUUCCCAUACAGAUUUGUUUUCCAUACUUACAUAGAAGGCUAACUUUCAGGCAUAUUACUAGGGCUAUUCGUAAAGUAAACUCCAUUUGGUCAUUAAAAAAAUUAACUUGUGUGAUAAAGUUUUUUUACAUUUUCACAUAUUCACCAUUCAGUUCUAAGCACUUUUUGCAAUGCUGCAUCAAUUUCGUUAACCCCUCUGCUUAGAAGUUCGUCUGGGAAUUAAACCAGUAAUUGUUGAUAGACGUUUCGCCAAAUCAACCAAAAUGACAUUGUUUUCAUCCCAAAAAAAAGGCAGCCAUCAUUUUUCUACUCCAGUACAUAAGAUUGCUUAAAUGUUUCGUGGAAAUGAUUACUUAGGCUACACGCAUUGCAUUUUCGAAGUCUAUGAUUCCAUUGGCCAAGGUGUCGUUCCAUCCCCAGGCUGCGAACUUCUAUGCAGAGGGGAUAUAGAAUUGGUGCUUGGAAAUUAGUGGCGAUCAUGUGAAAAUGUGAAGUAGGUAUGUAGUAAACUAAAACUGUCAAUAAAAACUUUUUCUCAUUAGAUUUUUAUUUUUAAUGACCAAAUGGAGCUUACUUUACAAAUAGCCCUCGUAGUUAUUGAUAAAAAUCACAAUUUAGUGACUUAAAUUUGUUAAUAAUAGUUUAAAAGAAUGACGAACAAGUUUGUGAUUUUGUUAGCGACUACAAAAAUAUGUGAUGAUUCAAUGGCAUCGAGUGUCUACUCUGUACUAGUAGUUUAUUUGCUUUGUGAAAAUGACUUAUAGGACUUACUAUACCACAGUACCAAGUGCUUUUCCUCCAUUUUGCAUCCAUUUCCUGGAUGACUCUUAGAAAUGAAGACAAAUGCAACAUAGUUUAGUAAAAUUUUUUGAGGUUCCUUUUUCAAUCAUAGCACAAGAUGUCCUUGGUUACUGAUGUGCAGUUUGUUUUUCCUCCUGUCAGUUUCUAAAGUGAGCUAUAGGGAGGGAAAAGUUAGACCGCUAGUUUCCAUGUAUUUUAAAUAAUUUUCUAACUGUCCUUCUGUACAAGGAUCACACAAUGCUGAAGGUAACUGUUCACUGCUGCUUUAAGCGAAGUUAGCUUGACAUGCACAUUUGUUAGUGCUACUGGUUGCGAUGUAUGUUUCUCAAUUUUGUAAAAUGACCAAGCAACGUUUAACAAUAAUUAAAAAAAGUGCUUUGAAAGUAAUAAAAAACCAUUAAAUAUUAUUAUUUGCUUACAUUGAAUGACAAAAAUUGUUUACUUUAUCAUUUAUUAGGUAGCUCAGAUUUCAUAAUACAUUUCAUGCUUUGUCACUUUGUUGACAGCUUUUAUUCAUGUAUAGUUUCUGAAUGGGUAACCUUCCUUAAAUGACAGACAUACAAGGGGAAGGGAGAGGAGGUAGUAACGUCUCGCAACAACCUUGACAUCCCAGCCAAAAAUCAAAACCCGGGACCUUUUGGCCCAUCAGCCAGUAGUUUUGACCAGUGUACCAAGUGGCUAUAGGCAUUUCUUAUUAACAUUUAUGAGUGAUGAGAUUUAACUUUAUAAUAACUUCAGUAAUUGCAAAAUUAAAUGAGUUUUAUAUUAAAACCUUGACUGCUCAUAGCUUUAAGAUUUUUGUUCAGAGUUUUUACUCCAGUUUUUAAUAUCAAGAAUAAGGUGUGACCUACCUAUUGUGACUGUAUAUUGUGUAAUUUACUAAUUUAACUUCAACUCUGAAGAAAGUAUUCAAAUGAAAAUAUUCUAUUAUAUUUCACUGUAUUCAUUGAACCGGUACAUUUUUUUAUUUCAUUAAAACCUUGUAUACUGUAUGUUACUAAAAUAACCUAACUUUAAGAAUUCUAGGAGCUAUGCCACAUAUACUACGUCAAUUAGAAAUGACAUGUUAUGCACAGUAUGCAGUAAGCUAUACUAUAUCUACUUAAGAAUGUCUGUGGAAAAGUGUUCAUUCAUUUCAGUUAUAUUCACCUCAUUUACACAUUUUAUAUUGACACAUUGUUGUCCCUAUACAAUACUGUUUAUUGACUUUCUUCUUGUUAUUAUCUAUGAAUAAAUGUUUUGUGGAUGUGGUGAUUUGUAGUAUGUACAUUUAGGACUUCAUUUUUAUUGCUCUCAGUCUGGACAGAAACUGCUUAUGUACAUAACUAUUGUAGUUUUGGGGGCUUAUAUUGUAGAUGGAAACAAAAAUAUAUUUCUCUGUAUUCAAGUGAAUUUAUUUUUAGUGAGUUGAUGUCCAUAAGUUGUAAACUUUUUGUGUAUGUAUAAGAUUUUAGAUUUCAAGCAUAAACUAUUUUAACAGUAUUAAUAAAAUUAUACAUGAAUCAGCAAGUCUUGAUAGCAAUAAAAAUGUGUGUUUCAAUGUUAAAAUAAGUUACCGUAUGAGGAAAAUGUUGCGUAAAUUUUGCAAAUAAGCUUUUCCCAAGUUUUAAGAGCCAUGCAUUAAAAGAUAUAACUAAUAUUAGUUAAACUAUGUAAUCUCGUACAUUGUGGUUUCCGAUGUAAAAAAGUGUCUGUGUUGGGGUAGAGUGAGUGUGAUCCUACAGUGGAGACAUUUUAGUGCAUACAUAAAUAAUGCCCUACAUGCAUUAAUGUAGAGAAAUAAAACAUGUGUAUCUGCA